AAAAAAUCUGAAGUUUUACCGCACUACUGCGCUUCGGCUUGGUGAAAAUUCUACAAAACAGGUUUUAUAAAACAUUCCGGAUCGGAAUUCAGAGUUAUAAUUUGUGCUAACGCUCAUAGUUGUGCACAAAAUGAGUGGGUACGCACGACCACCUCCGAGAAUAGAUGGAAUGAUCUCACUGAAGGUCGAUAAUUUAACUUACCGGACAACGCCUGACGAUUUGAGACGAGUGUUCGAACGUUGCGGAGAAGUCGGCGACAUUUACAUCCCCCGCGACAGACAUACGCGCGAAAGCCGCGGUUUUGCUUUCGUCAGAUUCUAUGACAAGCGGGAUGCUGAAGACGCACUAGACGCCAUGGAUGGGCGUAUGUUGGACGGCAGGGAGCUCCGUGUCCAGAUGGCACGUUACGGACGGCCUACAUCUCCUCAGCGCCGUGGCAACAGAUACAAUGGUCGUGAACGGGGACGCUCUCGUGAACGUUACCGUCGCCGUUCUCGGUCCCGCAGCCCUGAGCACCGUCGUCGUUCUUACUCUCGCUCCAAAUCACGCACACCACGUUCGCGCUCCGGAAGCAAAUCCUCCCGAGGCAAGGAUUCCCGCUCCCGCAGCCCUGCUGAACGCGGUCACUACUAGACCCAGACAGUGUGCUGAUUAUAUUAACCUUUAGAUCAUCCAUUUAAUUUUCAUGUGAAGUGGGAUUUUAAUCUGACGACGUACAACACCAGCCCACUAUAAGGGCAACUUGCGGGUUUGCUGCUGCUGCCUCUGCAGAUUUGCCCAUGCGGUCACUUUCCUUCCUGUGUCUUCUUCUAAAUGCUGUCAAUUUUGCGUCAAGUUUGAUGAGAGAGAGCCUGAUAAGGAGAAGAUAAACGGUGAACAGGUGAGGAGCGCGGGAUCCGAUCGUCGUUCAGUCGCCGACCAUGUCCGUGUUCCCUCAGACGGAAUCGGGCGGCAUCGACCGACCGGAAGAGAGACAGAGCGAGAGCAGGAGAAAUCAAAAAACGGGUGGAUAGAGAGGCGUGUAUGUGCGUGUGCAGAUCUUGUUGCGUGUUGAUCCUUGCUGCUGCCUCUGCGUACCACAAUGCUUGCUUGCUGGCGGAGAGGGGUUGCUCCGGCAAGAAACGAAGGAACGGUGAAACCGGAGAGACGCUGCCGCUGGUAGAGGAGUGGUGGAGUCCGGAGGAUGAUCGUCCGCUACUGAUAAGGAGUGGGAGCUAUAGAAAAAAUCGAGCGUGUCUAUGAGAGAAUCAAGCAAGCAGCCGGAAUCCAUCCGCGACCGGAUGCAGGUAGAUGAGUUAAGUGUGGGAGAGGUUGGUCCAUUUGCAGGCAGGCUGCUUCCGGUUUGUCCUGUCCGGGUGCUGCCACGCAGUGUUCUCGAUCGCUGUUUGUCGACUGCGGAAAGGGAAAAGGAAGAGAAAAAAAAGAGAGAAAGAGUUACACACAUGCGUCAUACUUCCGGUAUCCGGUGUCGCUGAAGCUACCUUCCUCUGCUGAGGGCGCGCGUCCGGAACAAUCUGGAGAGCAUGCGGUCCCGUGCGGCGGCGUGAUAAAUUUUGCUGUUUCUGCGUGCUGCCACUGCCGGUACCCUGGAUGUGCGCUGUCCGGGACUGAGAAGGCUACGAUCGAUCUGCCCUGUUUCGUCUGUGGCGACGUCAGUUCUCUGUGCUCUGUGUGUUUUUCUUCUCUUCUUCUUUUCUUCCAGCUGAAGUAAUGUGUUACCCUCCCUGCCCAUCUUCCAACACUUUUCCCGCUGCUGCUCUCUUGCUCCUGUCUUUCUUUUUUUUGUUGUUAUUCUAUCUUAUUUCCUUCCGCAUACAAGCGUCUUGUACAUCCCCGUGCAAUGACUCGCACAUCCCCCACAACACCCGAAGACCCGUCCUUUUUUGGGUCGCACAGAAUGACACGCACGCACGGAACACACACGGAACACCAACACCUACACUACCCCAGACUAACAAUAGUGCUAUUUACAUGUCUGUUCGAUCGUGCAAACGAGCACCGGUUUGCUCCCCUCGGUUCGAGGUUUGGAGGAUGAGGAGAAGGAACGUGUAUCCUGAGGUUGCCGCAGAACGUUCUUCGAAGGCUCCAUCUCCUGCAUGAUGGAGCGUGAAGAAGCGGUUGUUUGCCGUUUGCUGAUUUGUUAUUCGCGCUUGCACGGCAUCGGCGAUGGAGGCGAGAUCGCGACAGAUAGGCCGGUCGGUUGGAGCUCACACUUCUGCUGGUUGCGCGAGCUGAAACACGAAGCAGCACAUCUCUCAUGGGUAUUUGGCGAAACAUGGGUACGACGGCUUCGUAAUUGCAGCAGCACCGGAUUAGUAGUAGCAGCAGCAGCGGCAGCACGAAUCCGAUUGCGAUCCGGUUGACGUCCUUAUGCCACGUGUUACUCAUGUGUGCCACGUGGGAUUGUGAAGCGCUCGAAGACGAAAGGGGUGCCAUCGAGCGGCGGCAGAGUGCUAGCGGUCUGGUAUAUGUUGCUAUUAUGUGAAGGCUGCACACCGCGCACGUCGACCACUUGAAUCAGUAACAUCCUCACAAACGGCGUCCCGGUGGCGGCUGCAGUUGAGAGCAACACUUGGAAGUUUGCCCUCCUUGCCUUCGGUGGACAGUGUUGUGCUGCGGGUCUGCGGUUUAAGACAACCUGCCCGAUUUCUAGGCUGCUCACGACUCCAUUUGCGGUAGCUGUAAUUUCCAUACAUUUACGUCGUAGCGGGGAAAAGGUGGAUAGCAUGUAAUUAUCAUCGAGCUGCGAGAAUCUCAUCAUACGAUUCCGAGUUCCGCUCCGUAAAGGAGCACAAUUAUCAUCGCGUUCUUUUCUAGCCUCUCAGUUCCCCUUUUGCCGACAGCAGUUUGUUUGCAGGCGAAUCAUCCAGUGACACUUUAAUGAAGAACCAUUCCAAACCUAUGCAGUUUUAUUUUUGCAGAUUUCUUCUCUAUCGCAAACAACACUCAUAAAUCGACCAUCACCACAACAAUCAAGCACACUUCACGAGAUCGCGAUCUUCAGGACACGAGUGGAUGCUCUACAUCUGCAAACGAGAGACCGAUUCGACCGUAACACCAAGGGAUGCUUGACUGUAAGGACACUUUUUCAAAAGGACACCCAAAGUAAGUCCAUCAAGUUGCGCGGGCACGAAUAUUUCUACAAUACGGAUAAGAGUAUCUACAGAUUAAAGAUUGCGUCGUGAAAUGCUAUAGAUUAGUAGAAAGUGUAGGAACAUGAUGAUCUAAAAUAACUUUUUCACAAAGGACGGGCGCAUCACCGUUAUGGUGGUGUGUCGAUUCAUCAGAUUGAAAUGUAGCAAAAAUAAAAAUCAAAUAUUUCGUACAAACCUAACAAGAAAAACCCGAUGGCGGCGGAAGUCGAACAGUGACACACAUACAAUAGAACUAUUGAACCAAGCAGAUUCCAGAGCAUUUUAUAUGGCCCUUCCCUUCUCGUGACGGCCAUGUAUGUACCGUCCUGUGUCUGUUCAGUCAGACUGAUUGUAUCCUGCGAAAGCGGAAACUUGACAAAAUGGAAUGGUGUCAAACGGGGUGCAGAGGAGGGUUCAUCGAAUUAUGGUCUCCCGAGAAAUGGAAGAGCGGUAAAAUAUAUACUUAUUUUCUUUUUAUUCUCAUAUUUGCGCUUUUGUAUCUACUAUGUUGGAUCAGGGAGAGAUAUUUUAAGUAAAUUGGAAUGAUUUACUACGAGCACGUUACUGCUGCCACGUUGGCUUUGGCGCGCGCGUGUGUAUAUCGCAAUUGAACCUUGUAAUUAAAAUGUCUUUGCUGGGAAACAUUAAGAGUUGGAAGUAGAUAGUUAUAGCGGAUAGGGUUAGUAUUUUUUAUGUGUAAACUACAGGUAUGAAUUAGACGACGGCGUAGGGGCAUGGAUAAAGAAUUUUCAUCUUCUUUCUAUCAAUUUUAAGCUUCAUUUUGCGGCUUGCUAUAUUAUACUUCCUUCAUUUCUGCCGAUAGCAGAUUACAUCGAACCGGUUUGUAUGCGCAAACCAUUACUGAACAAAUAAAGAUGAUCCACGGUACA